GAGAGGCACAAAGCUUUUUUUUUCUUCUUUUUUGACAUCACUUUGUAUUGGUGUGUGAUAGACAUCGGCACAGCUGAUGGUGGUACCGUUGCUGCUCUGAUCGAACACUUAGCUCAGUACAGUACUCUCAGUGUGAGCUUGCUCGAAAUGACUCGAGGAGGGCAGCUCUAAUUGGUUUCUCAAUGAAAGAUAAUCACCAGCUCCCCAGAGAAUCUGUGGAUUAGCACAACAUAGAUACAUUACUGGCUUUUUUAGACAUCUCAUAUCCUUUCCUUGAUUUUUCAGUCCAUUCAGCAAUAAGUAUAGGUGGAUCGACCAAUUCUCACACUAGUGACAGGUCUACCCCAUCUGAAGAAGAGGGCUUGAUCACACGGAUUCAACCAGAUCUCAAGCUGUGUGUGUGUGUGUGUGUGUUUGCUGGUUAAAACAACAAAAAAGUUUGAACAGUUUCGAAAAUGAGUGAUCUGGAAGAGGACUUUGCCAAAAUCUUGAUGCUAAAGGAAGAGAGGAUAAAGGACUUGGAGAGACGUUUGGCUGAGAAGGAGGAACAGAUACAUGAACUGAAAAGGAAACUGCACAAAUACCAAUCGGUGUUGCCCGUCACCCAGAUCAUGGGACCCAGGACCAGACGGGCUCAGGGAAUUUCAGCUGAGCCCCAGAGCUUCAGAUCCUUUCAAGAGCUCACCAGACAGCCCUUUAGGAAAUGCACUAAGUCUGAGAGGUCCAAGGAGCUAAUCAAGGAAGCGAUUCUCGACAAUGAUUUCAUGAAAAACCUUGAGCUGUCUCAGAUCCAAGAAAUAGUGGACUGCAUGUAUCCAGUCGAAUAUGGGAAAGACAGCUGCAUCAUUAAAGAAGGGGAUGUAGGCUCACUGGUGUAUGUCAUGGAAGAUGGCAAGGUUGAAGUGACCAAAGAAAGUAUGAAGCUGUGCACUAUGGGACCAGGCAAGGUGUUUGGGGAGCUGGCUAUCCUUUACAACUGCACUAGGACUGCGACAGUAAAAACUCUCACCAACGUGAAGUUGUGGGCCAUUGAUCGACAAUGUUUUCAGACGAUAAUGAUGAGGACUGGUCUAAUCAAGCAUUCCGAGUAUAUGGAAUUUUUGAAAAGUGUUCCAACGUUCCAUGGCCUUCCAGAGGAAAUACUGAGCAAGCUAGCCGAUGUCCUUGAAGAGACGCACUACGAAGACGGGGAGUAUAUCAUACGACAGGGAGCCCGAGGGGACACGUUCUUUAUCAUCAGCAAAGGAAAGGUGAAUGUCACACGAGAAGAUCUGCCCAAUGAAGAAGCUGUCUUUCUUCGUACUUUGGGGAAAGGAGACUGGUUUGGAGAAAAAGCUCUUCAGGGGGAAGAUAUAAGAACAGCCAACGUCAUUGCUGCUGAAGCUGUGACCUGUUUGGUUAUAGACAGAGACUCAUUUAAACACUUGAUCGGAGGGUUGGAAGAUGUAUCUAACAAAGCAUAUGAGGAUGCAGAAGCUAAGGCAAAAUACGAAGUUGAGAAUGCCUUCUUCUCCAACCAGAACCUGGUGGAUUUCAACAUCAUUGAUACGCUGGGAGUUGGAGGAUUCGGCCGUGUUGAACUGGUGCAAAUGAAAAGCGACGAAGCCAAAACGUUUGCAAUGAAAAUCCUAAAGAAGCGCCACAUAGUGGACACCCGGCAGCAAGAGCACAUUCGGUCAGAGAAGCAGAUAAUGCAGGAGGCGCACUCCGACUUCAUUGUGAGGCUCUACAGAACUUUCAAGGACAGCAAGUAUUUAUAUAUGUUAAUGGAGGCCUGCCUGGGAGGAGAGCUAUGGACCAUUCUCAGGGACAGAGGUUCAUUUGAAGACUCAACCACCCGUUUUUACACAGCCUGUGUAGUUGAAGCUUUUGCUUAUCUGCAUUCCAAAGGAAUUAUAUAUCGGGACCUCAAGCCAGAAAACCUCAUCCUGGAUCACAGAGGUUAUGCAAAGCUGGUGGAUUUUGGUUUCGCAAAAAAGAUAGGAUUUGGAAAGAAGACAUGGACAUUCUGUGGGACUCCAGAGUAUGUGGCCCCAGAGAUUAUUUUAAAUAAAGGCCACGACAUUUCAGCAGAUUACUGGUCACUGGGGAUCCUAAUGUAUGAACUCUUGACUGGCAGUCCACCUUUCUCAGGCCCGGACCCCAUGAAAACGUAUAACAUCAUAUUGCGGGGCAUCGACAUGAUUGAAUUUCCAAAGAAGAUUACCAAAAAUGCUGCUAAUUUAAUCAAAAAGCUAUGCAGGGAUAAUCCAUCAGAAAGAUUAGGAAACUUGAAAAACGGUGUCAAAGACAUCCAAAAGCACAAAUGGUUUGAAGGAUUUAAUUGGGAAGGAUUGCGGAAAGGAACAUUAACACCUCCUAUCGUACCCAAUGUCACAUCUCCAACCGACACAAGCAACUUUGACAGUUUCCCUGAGGACAAUGAAGACCCACCUCCAGAUGACAACUCAGGAUGGGACACCGAUUUCUAACCUCCUUUUCUGAACCUGCUUCUGCAUUGCCUGGGACAGCUGCUUUGGAACGUGGCUGCCUGCAAAACUGAAACAAAGGGGGAAAAAAUGGAAAUGAGGGGAAGAUUAGUGCUCUGGGUCACCAAGAUGCCUUCACUGAUGCUGCUACAGUUACUACAGUGGCAUUAGGACUUAUGCUUACAUAACAAUUGUGGUCCUUCAGUGUUUUACGUUCAGGUGUAUCAUCGUUCAUAUGGUGGUCCUGGAGCAAGGUCUUUUUUAAAGUUAGCAGCGAAGCAAAUAUUCUUUGGCUGCAAUGAACCUGCUAUUCUGUAAUCAUUGAAACUGAAAAUGGAAUAAGAACACAGUAUUGAAAGCCAGAAUAAUUCUUUGUAAGAAACAUUCAUCGUUAUAAAUGAAAUAGUAAUGUAUUCAGUAUUCCAACUGCCUAUGGUACUGAUAUUGUGGUGCAUUUCAAAUUGAGUAUGCAAGGUCUUAUAUAGCAGGCCAGUGUGUACUGAACAAGAGGACCAUAGUCUGUUGGAUUACUCAUGUCAGAGCAGUGUCUGGAUUUUUAUUU